UUUUCUUUUUCUUGUCCAGUUUCAAAUCAUGGCUGAUUCUGUCGAGUUGCGUAUGAGUGUAACGUCGAUAAAACGAGUUGAUCCAUAUGUUAAAGACAUUUUAGCAAACGCUACUCACGUUGCAUUGUACAUUUUCAAUAUAUCUACCAACGCGUGGGAAAAAACAGAAACCGAAGGUGCGUUAUUUAUUUACAGCCGGAAUGGGGAACCAUUUCACAGUAUCAUGGUUAUGAAUAGGUUGAAUACCGACAACCUAAUCGAACCCAUUGUUAAAGAUUUCGACUAUCAAAUGCAAGUACCUUUUCUGCUGUACAGGAAUUCAAAGAGUAAGAUUUUUGGAAUUUGGUUUUUCAACAAAGAAGAGUGUGUAAGAAUUACUUGUAUGAUUGAAUCUCUCAUGGAGGGGCUCAAGGAUAGAAACGACGAGAAGUCCAAAAAGAUUGACGGUAACGUUGAUAUCUUUAGUAUGUUAACGAAGGCACAAGAAACUUUCAAUAGAACACCUGUUAAACAAGAGGGUCCAACAACGUAUUCAUCCACUCCUAGGGUUCCUGAUGUGACCUCCCAAAGUGUUAUGGAUUUCUUCGCUAAAGCUAGUACUAAAACUUCUCAAAAGUCUAGUGUUUCAGGAAGCAGUGGGGAAAAUGUUCUUCAACGACUCAUGUCUAAUCCAGCUAAUACUGUUGAACAUAUAGAGAAACAACAGCGUUCCAUUACACCACAGGACCACUUGAAUGUUCGUCAGAAAGUCACGACUAAUGCUGAUAGAAGAAGUGUUCCAAUCACUUUUCCAGGUUCAAGUUCCAAUGAUAUCAAUUUUAGUUCUGAGAAUGGCUUGAAUUUGAACACUCAUUCAGUCAGUCAAAAUCAAAACCAAUUAAAGGCAGCUUCGCCACUCACUCAUUUGCUACAUAAUCAAAAUAGAUCUGAUAAGGAGGAUACAAAUGAUUUGCUGGGAACUUCAUCAUUUGCUCAGUUUUUGGACACUCAGAAACCUCAUUUAAUGACUCCAAUGAUGUUCACCAAUCCAACAGCCAAAGAAAAUCUAAACGAUUCAACUGAAGAAAAACUGGAACAAAUGGAUUUGUUAACUGAGAAGCAGUUGGCACAAGCUUUGAUCUACUUGUUGAAAAAUAACUCUGAUUUUACCAGGCAAAUCCAUGAAGCCUAUGUGAAAUCUAUAAUGGAAAGGGUAAAUCUCAACAGUAAUUCUUUAAUAUAAAUGAUCGAUUAUUUUUAUCAGUUUUGUUAUAAUUGACAUCAUCUUAAUUAGAUGAAAUUUUUGUAAAUGGCAAACAUGUUGAUACACUGACUGAUUAAAAAAGCCGUAGAUUUUAAAUUGUGUAUGUACUGAUUACUCAAAUUGAUCGUUGAUUUUGUAAAUAACUUUGAUGACUGACAGCCUGUCAUCAUCCGCACUUUUACUUUAUAUUUUACUUUUGACAGUAAACUUAGAAUUGUAUCUUUUGCCUGCCUUCGUGUAGAUUCGGAAUAUGUCAAUUUACAAUUUUCUGUCAUGAUUUCGGCUUUGACGUGACCUGUUUAAUAGAAUAGAAAAAUUGCUAAACGGAAAGUAAAAUAAAAGUAUGAGUAUGGUCUGUGAAUCAGUCAAAACUGUGAAAUGUAAAGUUAGUUGUAUUAUUUUAAUUGGAAGGCUUAGAAACUUCUCAAAUUUUUUUUUAAUGAAUGCAAUUGACAGAAAUCUCAACCCAAGUGUAGUGAAUGUAUACUACCUUUUGAAAAAGAUCCGCAACAAUAUAAUCUUUACACAUUGUUCACUGAGUUAACUUAAGACUCCCUCUCUAAGGUUUGUAAUAAAUUGUCAGGUUUAAGUAGAGUUCCAGUUUUUUUUUAUUCAUUAUUUUUUGUAGUUAUAAAAAAUAUUAAAAUUAUUAGUUAGGGAGGUAUUCAUUGCAAGGUUUGUAAAAUCUGGUUACAUGAAAUGAAAGUGUUGAAUCAGCAAAGAAAUCUUAUUGUAUUUCAAAAUAUAAUUUGUCUUAAAUUGUAAAGAUAUUGAUACAACUUAAUUGCACCUUAUUUUAUGGUUUUUAUAUAAUUUUUGUGUUGAAAGAUGUUUCUGAGCAUUUGAUAAUUUUGCGAUUUUAAAACUUUAUUGUAUUAUAUAAUCUUGAUUUUCAGGCGUUGAAGUCUAAUAUAUUUCAGAAAGUAUUUCAAUGCAGGACUUUGAAAUAUUUGUGGAAGUAAUACUAACAUGGAUAUUUUUUGUACAGAUCUCGAUAUGAAAUGAAAAAUAGUAAUUGUAAAAAUGUGAUCUAAAUUGGACAACAAAAAUGAUGUGGACUUAAGGAAUAGAAACUGUUUUUUAUUGUCUAAUAACUUUUCUAGAUUUAACAAAAACUGUAAAUUAUUGUAUUGACCAUAUGGUCCAUUUUAUCUGCAGGACUGGAAAAUUUUUUUUAGUUAUAUUUUUCAGUUUUUUAAAGAUGCUUUGAAUAGUAGAGCAUUUUCCAAAUGUAUGUAUUUAAACUGAAUAUUUCUGCCCUUGAUUACUCAUUAUGAUUUUGAAUCUGUUGACAUAAUAUUAGUAUCAUUUGAAUUUUAUUACAAUUAUGUAAAACUUGACAACAGUAAUAUAUAGUCACGCUGAUUCGUUUUUGAA